UCUUGAUCAUCUAUAAAAUGAGUCGAAUGGUUUUUCAGGCUAGACGUUUAGCCUUUGCAUCAUCUUCUCUUCAGAAAGUGCGUAUUAGCAAUUGGGAAAAGGAUAAAUAUAUUGAUUAUCAUCAUUUGCAAAGAAAUAUUGAAAUUGUGAAAAAAAGGCUUGGUCGGCCUUUGUCAUAUGCAGAGAAGGUUGUUUAUGGACAUUUGGAUGAUCCUUAUACUCAGGAUAUUGAACGUGGGCGGUCGUAUCUUCGUUUACGACCCGAUAGGGUAGCAUGUCAAGAUGCUACAGCACAGAUGACAAUAUUGCAGUUUAUGAGUUCAGGGAUCUCAGAUGUUGCAGUUCCCACGACAGUUCAUUGUGAUCAUCUGAUUGAGGCACAAAUUGAUGGAAAGAAAGAUUUGAUUCGUGCCUAUAAUACUAAUAAAGAGGUUUAUGAUUUUUUGUCUAGUGCGUGUGCAAAAUACAAUAUUGGAUUUUGGAAGCCAGGAUCAGGGAUUAUUCAUCAAAUUAUUUUAGAGAAUUAUGCAUUUCCAGGUGGAUUAAUGAUUGGCACGGAUUCUCAUACACCGAAUGCAGGUGGUUUAGGAAUGGUAGCUAUUGGCGUUGGAGGUGCAGAUGCUGUAGAUGUAAUGAUUGAUAUCCCAUGGGAGUUAAAAUGUCCAAAAAUUUUUGGUGUAAAAUUAACAGGAAAGUUGGGUGGAUGGACUUCACCAAAAGACGUUAUUCUUAAAGUAGCGGGAAUUUUUACGGUUAAAGGAGGUACAGGUGCUAUUAUUGAGUAUUUUGGACCAGGGGUUGAAUCUUUAUCAUGUACUGGUAUGGGUACAAUUUGUAAUAUGGGUGCUGAAAUUGGUGCAACCACGUCCUUGUUUCCUUAUAAUAGGCGAAUGAGAGAAUAUUUGGUGGCAACUAGACGUUCAUAUCUUGCGGAUCAUUUAGAUAACUAUUCACAUAUUUUGUCGGCAGAUGAAGGUUGCGAAUAUGACAAGAUAGUUGAGAUCAAUUUGUCUGAACUUGAGCCUCACAUUAAUGGACCAUUUACACCGGAUCUUUCUACGCCUAUUUCUAAGUUUAAAGAAGCUAUUAAAUUAAAUAAUUGGCCCUCCGAAUUGAAAGUUGGUCUUAUUGGAUCUUGUACGAAUUCAAGUUAUGAGGAUAUGAGUCGAUCUGCUUCUAUUGCAAAGGAUGCCUAUGAUCAUGGUUUAACUGUUAAAAGUAAAUUUACGAUUACACCUGGAAGCGAACAGAUUCGUGCAACUAUUGUUAGAGAUGGUUACUUGAAAAUUCUUGAAGAUGUUGGUGGUGUUGUAUUAGCCAAUGCUUGUGGGCCUUGUAUUGGACAGUGGGAUAGAAGAGACGUUAAAAAGGGCGAAAGGAAUUCUAUUAUUACGAGUUAUAAUAGAAAUUUUGCUGGAAGAAAUGAUGCUAAUUCCUCAACACAUGCAUUUAUUUCUUCUCCUGAUAUUGUAACAGCUAUGGUGUUUGCAGGAGAUCUAUCAUUUAAUCCAAUAACUGAUACAUUAAUGGGUGCCGAUGGGAAAGAAUUUAAGUUAUCUCCUCCUAAUGGAGAAGGAUUGCCUUCUAAGGGUUAUGAUUUAGGGGAAAAUAUGUAUCAAGCACCUCCAGAGGAUCGUUCUUCUAUUAGUGUAAAUAUUGAUCCUUCAAGUGAAAGACUACAGUUAUUAGAACCAUUUGAAAAAUGGGAUGGAAAAGAUCCUCUCAAUAUGCCUAUUUUGAUAAAAUGUAAAGGAAAAACGACAACGGAUCAUAUUAGUAUGGCAGGUCCAUGGCUUAAGUACCGUGGCCAUUUAGAUAACAUUUCAAAUAAUAUGUAUAUUGGUGCUGUUAAUGCAGAAAAUGGUGAACUAAACAAAGUAAAAAAUCAAUUGUCUGGUAAAUAUGAAAAGGUUCCGGAUGUAGCACGUGCAUAUAAAGCUAAAGGUAUUAAAUGGGUGGUUAUUGGUGAUUCGAAUCUUGGAGAAGGUUCAAGUCGGGAACAUGCUGCUUUAGAACCACGACACUUAGGAGGAUGUGCAAUUAUUGCUAAAUCAUUUGCUCGUAUCCAUGAAACUAAUUUGAAGAAGCAAGGAAUGCUUCCUUUAACAUUCGCUUGUGAAUCUGACUAUGAUAGAAUUUCUUCUGAUGAUAGACUAGAUAUAAUUGGUUUGACUGAAUUUGCUGAAGGAAAAGAUUUAAUACUUCGUGUUCACCCUAAAAAUGGUGAAGUUUGGGAAGCUGUGUUAAACUCAACAUUCAAUAAGCAGCAAAUAGAAUGGUUUAAAGCUGGUUCUGCUUUAAAUUAUAUGGCUUCAUUAAAAAAUAAUUAAUGCAUUUUGAUAAAUUGAUUUUGG